AGCCAUGAAGGAAGGCCUGAGAGAGCUUGUCCUGGAGUACAAUAGACAAAGGACUAUGAGCUAUAUUGAAAAACAAAAAGUAUUACGAGAAAAAGUGUCUGCUUUUAUUAAUGGACUCUAGUAGAAGAAGAUUAAUGGAUAGUUAGCAGAAUUUAUUAAUUAGCAGAAUUGAAUAAUUAUUUAUUAAUGGAUAGUUAGCAGAAGAAGAACUGGAGAGAUUGUUCAUGGAUAGAUUUUACGCAUGGGCUAGAUGGUGUCCAUAACCAUUUAGGUUAUUAAGACAUGAACAUCAGUGUUUUUAGCUUCACUAUAAGCAAGCUAUUAUUUAACAAGAUAGGUAGGUGCGUUUAAUAUUUUAGAACAGAUUAUAAAGUCUAAAUAUUCAAGCAAAUAAGCACUGAAUGACCAAGUGCGAACAAUAGAGCGUUCAUGACCCGCGUUCAUGUACGUAACAAUGCUCAGGAAUUGUAUACAUUCUGAAAAUGUUUAACAGAAACGUUUUUGUAGUUGAGGGCGAAGGGCGAGUGCCCGACCACAACAAUGUCGGAUCGCGACGAAGACUACACCGAAGGCGAGGAUAAUGUUUUUCUCAACCUGGUCGCGCGUGUCAUCCGGAAACCUCUCUACCGAUUUCCAGGGCAGUGGAGCCACGAGACCUACGAGCCGCGGAUCUACAGGACUCUGGGUACCAUACUACGGAACGCGACCUCGGAAGAAUUCGAUGCCUUUAUAACAGAUUUUAUCAAUUUUGCGCGGACGGCUCAUGCGCGCCUGGACAUGCAGUUCUACAUGGAGUUCAUUAACGUGUGCACCAAUACCAUCCUUCACUGGGUGUUUGCGCGCAGGUGCAGCGCGGAUAUAGUCCGGAAGUUGAUGGAGAGAACGUCGGUGUUUCUGCAGGACCAGACUAACAACUUGGCCAUAGCAUGGAGGUGUUUCACACCCAUCUACAGCCCCAGCCCCAUGGGCGGGGUGACACCACUGAUGUUCGUGGCCCAGAACAGGCAGUAUGAAGUGCUGAAGGUGUUGCUGCAGUAUGGGAUGCUGGAAAAGGAGAGAAGGCCCACCUACAUCGUCAUCUCUGUUCUGUUUAACCCCCCGAGACUGGAGGCUCUGGAUGAACGCUGUCACGCCACCGUCACCAGGGAACUCAGGGACUGUAUGGCUCUGUGCUUUAGGGUGCUCAGCCAUGUAUCCAUGUCUGAUAUAGAGAUGCAGAUUGUGUACGGUCGUAAGCCCCUGAUUGAAGACUGGAGAGACCACAUCCCCUCAAGUCGCUACAAAGACCCCUGUGAACUGACCCACCUCUGCCGAAUGGUGAUUCGGACCUCUCUGCUGACCAGGGGCCGCUUACCGGACGGCAUCAAGUUGCUACCACUCCCUACACUCCUCCAAGGCUACCUCAACCUGGAGAGAUGACCUGGCUAUGGGGCCUGGAGUUUUACCUUGGUCUUGGUGAGGUCAUGUGGUCUUGGAAAAAAACCUCCUGGCUCCGCUAUUAAAACAAACAGGUGGAUGGGGUUUAUCUGUCUGUUAAUAAAGUGGCUGCAGAUCAAAUGAAAAUGUGUUUUAUGAAGCCCUUUUAACAUCAUUUCACAAAGUGCUUUACAGUUACCCCACCCUAAACUGUAAAGAGCAAGCAAAGCAAAAGCAGAAGCAGAAAAACUGUCUAGAAAGAAGAAACCUGUAGGGAGAAAACCCUGGGGAAGCCAUCCUCUAUUGGCUGUACUGGUUAUUGUCACGCCCUGACCUUAGAGACGUUUAUUUUCCUCUAGUUUGGUUAGGUCAGGGUGUGAUGUGGGGUGGGCAAUCUAGUUUUUCUAUUUCUUUGUUUUGGCUGUGCGUGGUUUCCAAAACAGAGGCAGGUGUCCAUUCGUUGUCUCUGAUUGGGAACCAUACUUAGGCAGCCCUUUUCCCUCCUUGAGUUAUGGGAUCUUGUUUAUGUGUAGGUGCAGGUUAUGCACUCCAUGACUUCACGUUUCGUUUUCGUUUGUUUCUGUAUUGUAUUGGUGAGUUUCCUUUAUUAAACAUAC